CCUUGGAAGGGAAUGCUGGUAAAUGGAGUCCAGAGAAAUGGGAAAUGGAGUCGUGGGAAAUAGGAAAGUGAGUCCUGAGAAACGGAGUCCUGGGAAAUGGGAAAUGGAAUCUUGGGAAAUGUAGUCCCGGGAAACGGGAAACAGAGUCCUGGGAAACGGAGUCGGCUCCGCCCCGCGGCACCGGCGGCGCUGGUGCUGGGAGGGACCCGGCUCUGGGCACACCGGCUCUGGCUGUGAAAAAUGCGUAUUUUAUGAUUGGCUUUUGGCAAAUAUUCAAAUGGAUAUUAUAUUUGUUGUGUUAGAAAGCUGUGCCAUGUUAAUUUUCUUAAGUAGUGUGUUAAAUAUAGUUCUAGAGUUUUAACAUAAUGUUAAAAUAGAAACUAUGCUGUAUAAGUUACUUUUUUUAAAAGAAAGGACUGUCACUGAGCAGCCACAAGACUCCUAAAUCUUUCAGAGCAAAAGAAUUUAUUGCUCCAUUAUCAGAAGAAAUGAACAUCUUCCCGCCUCGCUCAGCCCUGAAGAGCCGUCAGGAUUCAGAGGAGGAAGCUGACACUGCCCAGACAGAAUCCUGUGUUUGAAUGGAAUUUAUGCAUCAUGGAUGAGAUGAGGAGGCUGUGAGGAAGAGGAAGGAGCCCUGGCACACCCGGGCAGGUGAGGAGGAAACCAGUGCCCCUUUCCCCCUCUGUCCUGCUCCAUCUCUCAGACCUCACAGUGGAACCUGUUUGGGUGGGAUCCCCCUCCUUCCCUCCCCUGUGACCUCAGCUCAUCUCCAUGGACACAGCUCAAACACAACGAGCCAGCCAAGAGCCGUGGGACCCGGGAAAACCUGGCUGCAGGGAAGUUUUUCACCAUUUGAUAAAAUAUGGCAUCCAAAACAAAGAAGAGCAAGGAUGAAGAGCCACCCCAGGAAAGCAGCGACACGGAGGACCCCAUCCGGGAGAGGAAGCUGUACCUGCAGGGGGAAUGCAGGAUCAUCUCACAACACCUGGACACCUACAUGGCACGGGCGGAGCAGGUCCUGCAGGCCUCCAAAGAGCAGGAGAAGGAAGCGCAGCGCACUGAGGAGCAGAGCCAGUCCUACCUGAGCUGCGGAGAAAAGCUCAGCCAGGACCCCCCAGGCAUGAUCAUCACCCUGAGCGACCACCACCGCCAAGAGCUGGCCCGAAUCCAGGCGCACAAGGAGGAGCUGGUGCCGCGCUACGCAGACAAGGAGCAGGAGGUGCGGAGUGUCCUGGAGGAAACAGAGGCCGAGGCCUCGCGCAUGGACACGGAGCUGCAGCAGCUGGAGCCCUACAAGCAGCAGAAGAUAGAGGCGGAGCAGAGGCUGAAGGCGCUGGAGAGGGAGCUGCGGGUGACCAGGAUCCGCUGCGCCGAGGAGACGCAUGCCGUGAGGAGCAGGUUCCUGCAGGACAAGGCCGAGUGCGAGCAGCAGUUCCAACGCAGGAUGCAGCAGCUCACCUGGGGCGCGCAGGAGGUGGCCAUGAAGGCCCUGAUCCAGCACGUGGAGGAGGUGAAGGCCGAGAACAGGCUCCUGCGCCACGAGCUGAUGGGGCUCCUGCAGCACUGCCAGCUGCUCAGGGACACCAGGGUCCGGCUGCAGGACCAGAAGGAGGAGCUGCUCCGGGAGAACCUGUGUCUCCAGCUCGCGCCAGCGCGGCGCCGCAGGGACAGCCUGCCCUCCUUGCCAGCCAGGGCCAGCCACUGAGCCCAGACCACCCAAACCACACCAAACCACCCCAAACCACCCCAAACCACCUGGGCCUGGCCUGGAGGAGCCAAGCAGGGAAGCAACCAAACCCUUCUGAGCACUGAGGGCUUGGAGCUCCUGGCACAAGGAUCCAUCAAAUACAUUUAUGGAUCAUAAAUCCAUACUGACGCAGAUCCAUACUGUUGUUCUCCUUCAGUCCCAGGGAGGAGGUGGCUGCCCCGGCCCUGGAAGGGCUCAAGGCCAGGCUUGGAUGGGGUUUGGAGCAGCCUGGUCUGGUGGGAGGUGUCCCUGCCCAUGGCAGUGGGGUGAGAUUUUCCAGAAUUCCAUGAAAUGAUGGUUCUCAGUGCAAAUGGCUCCUGUGGGAGCGACCUGUUGGGCUCUGCAGGAGGGAGGUCCCAGGGACCCUCCCCAAGAGCUCUGAUGUCAUUGGGAACAGGUGGGAUGGAGAUGGAGCUCUGCUUCAGGCUCUGGCUGAGCUCCAGGUGGGAAUUAUCGGACCAACAAAGGCUUCUCUGCUCACUUGCCACACAACUGCCAGGGGAAAGCCUGGGAAUCAGCUCACACAGAAAAAAAACCUAAAACAACACCCAUGGCUGUAAACUGAGGUGAUUUCAGCCAUCCCCAGGUUUGGAUGCAAGUGAAGGACUCUGGAGCAAGGCAUCCUCAAAUCCCAGCAUCCCAAAAUUCCUGCAUCCCCAAAUUCCAGCAUCCCGAAACCCCAGCAUCCCAAAACCCACCUGCUGUGGGCACAGCAUCCCCAAAUCUCAGGAUCAUAAAAUCUCUGCAUCACAAAAUCCCAGUAUUCCAAAAUCCCUACAACCCCAAAUCCCUGCACUCCAAAUCCCUGAAUCCCAAAAUCCCAGCAUCCCAAUCCCCAGCUGCUGCAGACACGGCAUCCCCAAAUCCCAGCAUCCCAAAAUCCCUGCAUCCCCAAAUCCCUGCAUCCCCAAAUUCCAGCAUCCCGAAACCCCAGCAUCCCAAAACCCACCUGCUGUAGGCACAGCAUCCCCAAAUCUCAGGAUCAUAAAAUCUCUGCAUCACAAAAUCCCAGCAUUCCAAAAUCCCUACAGCCCCAAACCCCAAAUCCCUGCACUCCAAAUCCCUGAAUCCCAAAAUCCCAGCAUCCCAAUCCCCAGCUGCUGCAGACACAGCAUCCCCAAAUCCCAGCAUCCCAGCAUCCCAAAAUCCCUGCAUCCCCAAAUCCCAAAAUCCCUGCAUCCCAAAAUCCCAGGUGCUGUAGACACAGCAUCCCAAAACCCCAUCAUCCCCAAAUCCCAAAAUCCCUAAAUCCCAGGUGCUGCAGACACAGCAUCCCAAAAUCCCAGCAUCCCAAAACCCCAUCAUCCCAACAUCCCAAAAUCCCAGCAUCCCAAACCCCAGCUGCUGCAGACACAGUAUCCCAAAAUCUCUGCAUCCCAAAAUCCCAGCAUCCCCAAAUCCCAGCAUCCCAAAACCCAGCUGCUGUAGGCACAGCAUCCCCAAAUCCCUGCAUC